UGGAAAAUGUCACCGGGCACGUCAAACAAUGAGACGAUGUGAGACCGAGGAGACGGAGGGAUGAGCGACAGGUUGCAUAAGACGGUGAGAGAGCGGUUCAAAAAGUUUGUAGAGCAAGAAAGAGGGACGGAGAGGCAUCAAAGUCAAGAUCUUCUCCUCAUUCCACAACAGCGACCGUUGAUGCGCUUCUUCCUCUUGGCCGCCUGCUACACACACUCUCAAGGUACCCGGCGGUGGCGGCCAUGGAGCGGCUGACCUGGUCCCUGUCCAUCCUGUCCAUGCUGGUGGUUCUGCUUGCAGGGUGUUCGUCUCACCCUCACAAAGGCUCUCCCGGUCUGGUCUGCACCAAUGACUUCGUCAACACCGUCAGCUGCAGCUGGACCGGCUCCCGGCUGGGUCCUGCCCAGGACUGUUGGAUUUUCGGCGAGAAGGAAAUCUGGAUCCGUAGAGAGAGCAAACCAAUAACACAAAGCUGCAAGCUGGAGCAGCUCAGAGACGCGCCUCCCGGCUGCAGCCUCGUCUUUGAAAAUAAACAUUUCAGUGAGGCUGAAGUGAUGCCGGACAUCAGACUCCAGUGCAACGGCACCGUAGUGGACAGGCUUAAAGACUUUAGGCCAAAGAAUCACAUCAGAAUGCACCCCCCAGGUGCUCCUAAUGUAACCAGCAACGAAAACGGUACCACCAUUUCAUGGAAGCUGGAAGGCAACGUCUCCUUCUACUUCAAAUCCAAAUUUGUCUUCGAAGUCCAGAUCAAAAAGAAAAGCCAGCCCUGGACGGAGGCCAUGACUUUCCCCUCAGCUAAGAUGGAACUGAAAUUUGAUAAGAAGGGCCGCUUUACAGCCAGGGUGAGGGUCAAGCCCGGCGAGCGGGAAGGCUGCAGCUGGAGCAGCUGGAGCCCCACGGCAUCCUGGGGGACGGACGGGGAGGAACGCUCAGGCUGGUGGCCGAUGGUGUCGGGAUUCGCAAUCGGCUUGUGUCUCAUCCUCAUUGUUAUACUGAUCUUUUACAAGUGCUGCAAAAGCAGGAAACUCCUCAAAGUGAGGCCAAUACCGAACCCAUCGGAGUAUUUCCACACUCUCAACUCCAACCAUGAAGGAGACCUAAAGAAAUGGCUCAAUCCCCUCUCGCUUUCCGAAUCCUCCUUCACAGCGCAGACGUGUGAGAACAUCUCCCCGGUGGAGGUGUGUGGAGACUGGGAUGUGAUCCCCAGCCCCUCCCCGUCCGCUGGCUCCACAAAGGCCCUCCUUCACCCCCAGAACUACCCCUCCUCCGGCUCCGACACCAGCGGAAUCGUCUGCAGCUCCUCCGCCUUCUCCACUUUCUCCAACGUGGGCUAUUUUAUCUCCGGCUCCUCCGGUGACCCGGCCUACUCUCACCACAUUGCAGAAUACUUCACCUAUCGGGACGCUUUCGGCCAUUUGUCCCGCGGCCUCGGCCACAACCUGUCCGUGGACUUUCCUCUGGUGUCUUGCCCAGAUUAUGAGAGCCUGAAGAGGGAGCCAGAGAGCCCCGACUCUGGAUGCGGCCUUUUUGGAGAGGAAGAGGGAAAGGACUAUGCAAGAGGCGUGGAUCUGAAAGAGAAGGGUUUGAGUGAUCAAACCAUUCCCCUGUUUGUCUUCCCUCAGCAUCUCCCCUGCCCCUCGCCCCCCCCUGCUCCCGCUCAUCCUCAGACGUCCUCGGACGGUCAGCCUGCAGCUGUGGCUGGGACAGCUGUGAGGGGCAGCUCCACGGCCUGGCUCGCUGCCAGCGCCAUGAGCAGGUCCUCCUCCAUGCCCGUGGAACCCUCUGAAACCGGCUAUCUGACACUGAAAGAGCUGCAGGCAACAUUCAGCAACAAAUCCAUCUGAAAAAAACCUUUCUGAGCCCCAGGAUCACAUUACAGGCCAGCAGACGAAAAGUACAAAUUCGGGAGGAAAAUGGAGGACGUUCACCAGUCCGCUCAAUAGUCUGUGGAGACUGAUCUUUUUGGUUUUAGCAGCAGCUGAAGCUUGGCCUAUUCUGACAACAGAAAACAUGUCCUCCGUCAUUCUUUUAUCUUGAGACAAGCUUGUGUCUGGAGAUCCCAUCUGCAUUUGUGUGCAGAGUGGUUCUGUAGCUGCCAGCUUUUGUUUCAGUUAUUGUGUUGUUAUUGUGAAAUGGUUUUUCAAGAUUCUUUGAAGCCAAUGUGACAGUAUUAGCCUUAGACCUCCUCAUGCUUUAUAUUAUAACAUGCACUGCAGAUGACAUCAGCUUUGAAAAAAUAAGUUUCUGAUUGAUUCCCAUUUUUAGACCCAAUCCCGACACCCUCACCUCUCACUCACUAAACUGAUCAUACUGCUGGUAGUGAAAUGCCAAAUCAUCUAACACAACCCCAUCAGGCUUUUUUAUUUUUUUGCAUUCAAGAAAAUGCUCCAACUUUUUCUUUUUAAACAAACUUUUUAGUUUGAUUGUUCUAAACUAACUUUUAAUCUAACUCCCUACUUCCCACAAAGUCACGUUGCCCUCAGUUAGCUCUGCAGAAAAAGCAGCAAGCCAUGAUCUUACAUGUCAUACUACAGCAUAUCUAUUAGGUUUUCUUUUAAGAAUCUACAAUGCAUUUAUUUGAACUGCCUUACUGCUCCUGCUAGCAGCAAAAAGGAGGUUUUGGGCAUGUUCUCUGACUGGAGACUGGAGAUAAAUCUGACCAUUUGAUCACUUUGUAUAUAAGAAGGUGGAGUGAUGUCAAUAUUUUUAUAUCACUUUGUUCAGAUAUCUUGCAUGCAGGAAAACGCUAAGUACAUAGUAAGGAUUGAGCAUUAGCAGCUUGAGAGUUUGUCACAAGCACAGAUGUACAUGAACAUUACAAGCUUUACUCAGAGAAGUUCAUUUGGUUGAGAUUUUCUUCACACUUUUUCUUUUGAAACUGAAUGCUGCCAUCAACCAACGAUUCCACUGU